GUUACACAGGUAUAUAAUAUACUUGUUAAAUGCCUUGAAAGAGUGAGCCUGAGCAAUACUUUUUAAGAACGUCACGUGCCUGUUUAUAAUUAGCUUUGGUGUAGUCAACUCCUUUCCUCAUAUCAAGACAGUUUUAAAGCUACUCAGCGUCACACACCCUUGUGUUUAAACAAGACUUAUGCCAAGACAAACCUGAACUAUGCGGAGCCAAAUUAUUUCUUCUUCUUUAUUUCUGUUUUGUUUUGCUGUGAUUUACAUCGUAAUUUGGAACAAGAUCCCAGUAAAAUGGGUCAGAUACCAAGCAGCCGAUGUUCCUCUAAGCCAAGUGAAAUUAUUUUGGAGAUGUAAUGAAGAAAUCAAAAGAAAACUUAUAACCGUUUCUGGAACACCUUCAUUAAAUUUGUCUUCAGUAAAAACCACAAACAGAGUGCCAGCGCAUCAUGUGACUUUAGGAACAUCAAAGAUUAAACCUCAGACAGAAAUAACCCCUAUUCCCAUCCUCUAUAAGGACAAGUUCACCAAGCUCCCCAAAUGGGAUUUCGAGGAUGUUUAUAUGCAAAGCAGUGAAACACAACGACCGGUCUGUUCAAAGUCUCUCCAGAAGUCCAAAAAACAAAUGUUUCAACAUGCCGCAAUGUGGAACAUCCAGCUUUGGCUCCACAGAGGUCACCUAAAUAUGAGCGAAUGGAACCGUCUCGCGCACUUCAACAACCCGUUUGGGUUUAUGGAAUUCAAUCAUACAGACAUCAAAAAGUCAGUCGAUUUGAUCCCGAAGCCUAAGCACUACCAGCUUUUACCAGUUCCCAAUAGUUCAGUGGACGGAUGUAUUCGCUGCGCUGUAGUCGGCACCAGUGGCAUCCUCAACGGCUCCAGAAUGGGCAAAGAGAUCGACUCCCAUGAUUACGUCUUUCGAGUGAAUGGAGCAGUCACUAAAGGCUUCGAGGAAGAUGUUGGAAAUAAAACCUCAGUGUAUGUACACACAUCAUUCGCUUUAACAGAAUCACUUCUAGUCCUGGGAAAGUAUGGCUUUAAAAGCAUUCCACAAGAUGAGGGGAUUAAAUAUGUGAUGAUUCCAGAGGGGCAGCGAGAUUUCGAGUGGAUUGAAGGCAUCCUGAAGAAAAUGAGAAUGACAACCGGAUACUAUAAAGGAUACAGACCACGGACGUACUACAGCAACCGCUUCCAAGAGGAUAAGUUUUAUGUGCUUCAUCCUGACUUUCUAAGAUACAUCCGGAACAGGUUCCUGCCAUCUGAAACUCUGAAUGAUUCAUUAUGGCAUUUCUACAGACCCACCAAUGGAGCGUUCACAUUGUUCUUAGCUCUUCACACCUGUGAUAUAGUGGACGUGUAUGGAUUCAUCACUGCAGACCACAAGAAAUACUCCAACUAUUACGUUGAAAGAAGUACAAAAACUCCAGUUAUUUUUUAUGUCAAUCAUGACUACGACCUGGAGAUAGAAACCUGGAAAAAGCUGCACGAUGCCGGAAUUAUCAACCUUUACCAAAGACAUGAAGACCUAAACUAGACUGUGACUGCUUUAGUUUAUGCAUUACUAAAUAUUUAGUACAUACACUUAGGUAUUUGUAUAAUGUGUUAAUUUAUUAUUUAUUUAUAUCAUAAUAUGGCUUAACUUACAGAAUUAGUUGGUCAUGAAGGAUUUGUUCCACAAUGUGGAACAAUUUUAACAUAUUAUCAUAUCAUAUCAUACUUUGAACAAUUGAUUUUGAGAUGUGUCUGCUACUUACAGCUCCAUCCCAUCCAUGAUAAAACUGGCUCUCAUGAAGACCUUCCCAGGAGAGCAAGACCAAAACUUACCUCUGCAAGUUCAUUUAGAGUGACCAGCUCUGUUAAGCCUUUAUAACGGCUCUAAUCUGAGGUGCUGUUUGUUUAUUGAUGAUUUCUGAGGCUGGUGACUCUAAAUGAACUUGCAGUGGUUUCAUCAUGGAUGGGAUGGAGCUGUAUGGGUUUUGCAAAUGCACUUGAUAAUAUUGUUCUUGCCAGAACUGUUCUAGAACACCUGACCUUUAUGUAUUAAAAUACCAACGGACUGUU